AUGCUGGAAGCUUUCGAGAUUCUGACCACCUCUGGUGUGGUGCUAUGGUCCAAAUCCUACGCACCGGUGGGGGCACAUGUCAUCAACAGCUUGAUCAACGAGGUCUUUAUCGAGGAAAAGGUGGUGCCCCAAGCUGCGACAGCCACCGGGGUGUCGCCAGUGUUCAAGAAGGAGAAAUAUACCCUGAAAUGGAAGAGAGUCAAGGAGUUCAACCUGAUCUUCGUGGCUGUCUACCAAUCCCUGCUUCACCUAGGCUGGAUCGAUAAGCUGCUGGAAAAUAUCUCGACGAUUUUCAUCGAUCUCUACAAGGACCAGUUGAAGACCUCGCGGGCGCGCAUCACCGUAUAUCGCUUCGAUCCUUACUUCGAGCAGCAGGUGCGCGAGCUGGAGGACAACACUGGAGCUGUCGCCGAGACUCUAGUUGCUGAGAGCACAGAGAAGAAGGAUCCGCUUGUCUCGUCAGACAAUGGUGGCCCGCCGCCGCCACCGGUCCCUGGCCUCAUGAAAGCGCAGCAUCAUGCUGCGCUGGCUGGGGCAACCUCUGAUGAGGGUACGCCACCGGCAACUCCGGAUAUUUCUAGAUCUUCAACUCCCGCCAGCCAUAUUCUUACCGGAAAGGCCGGGCCCGGCGGCCGCGUUUCCCGCCGUGCACGCAAAGCUGCCAAUACCAGUGCUACGUCUUCUGGUGACGAGCAUUCCCGGAAUCGCAAACCGGCACCCGCGACCAAAAAGAAGAUGCGUCGCUGGGACGCUGACGGAUUUGCCGACGAGGAUGACGGCGAAAUCUUGGAUUACUCUGCUCCCGCGGAUGAUAUGGGGACUUCUGCGCCGUCCGUGGAGGCGGUCUCUCAAGAUGACUGGGGCCGCCGAACUGGCAAGGGCCAAUUCGUUCUGAAGGACUUGGGUGACGAAGUCCAUUCCAUUCUAGACCAAGCCGAUGCCGACAAGGCCAAAACCGGCGCAUCGACCGGAGUCGUUGGCUCCGGAUUCAAGGCCAUGGGUGGUUUCUUCCGGAACAUCGUGGGUGGAAAAGUUUUGACAGCGGCCGAUCUUGACAAGCCGUUGAAGGCGAUGGAGGAUCAUCUGCUGAAGAAAAACGUUGCUCGCGAGGCUGCAGUCCGCCUGUGCGAAGGCGUUGAACGCGAGCUGGUGGGAAAGAAAACCGGCAACUUCCAGAGCGUGGAUGCUGCUCUGCACGAGGCGAUGGAGGCAUCCUUGCGGAAGAUCCUGACGCCAACCUCUUCACUUGACCUGCUGCGCGAGAUCAAUGCCGUGACGGCCCCAACCACCAAGGAGCAUACGCCUCGGCCCUACGUGAUGUCGAUUGUCGGGGUCAAUGGCGUCGGCAAGUCCACCAAUCUCAGCAAGAUCUGCUUCUUCUUACUCCAGAAUAACUACCGGGUGCUCAUUGCUGCCUGCGAUACUUUCCGAUCCGGUGCGGUGGAGCAGCUCCGUGUGCAUGCCCGGAACUUGAAAGAGCUCAGCGAGCGUGAGACCGUUGGCCAUGUCGAGCUAUACGAGAAGGGCUACGGGAAGGAUGCCGCCAACGUGGCCAAGGACGCCGUGGAACACGCCGCCGCCCACAAGUUCGACGUCGUCCUGAUCGACACGGCCGGCCGCCGCCACAACGACCAGCGGCUCAUGUCGUCGCUGGAGAAGUUUGCCAAGUUCGCCAACCCGGAUAAGAUCUUCAUGGUUGGCGAGGCCCUGGUCGGCACCGACAGCGUCAUGCAGGCGCGUAAUUUCAACGCGGCAUUUGGCACCGGCCGCAAUUUGGACGGGUUUAUCAUCAGUAAAUGCGACACCGUUGGGGAUAUGGUAGGCACCCUGGUUAGUAUGGUGCACGCUACGGGCAUUCCCAUUGUGUUCUUGGGCGUUGGACAGCAUUACGGGGAUCUUCGGGGGCUGAGUGUGCCCUGGGCAGUCGAUCUACUGAUGAAGUGA